UACCGAUUGAGUAUGGAAUAUUUGCAUGGAUGGUAACAUAACGAUAAUUAAUAAUAAUAAUAAUAAUAAUAAAGACGAGUAGAGAGAGCCCUAUAUUCCCAAUUUGUGCAUGAGCUUGAAAGCUCCAGUUGAUCACAGUGGCGGGAGGAAGAAUGGCGAAGAAGAAAUCAGCGUCCGCGGCCGCGUCUGCGUCUGCCUUCGUUUCUGACACGAGGCCUUCCAAGAAACUGGGGAAGGAUGUAGAUUUAGUUCGGUUAUAUGCAGAGAAAAUAAGAGACCACAAGGAAUUAGAGUCAAGAUGGGCCAUUCUAAGUGAAACAAGGGUUGAAUAUUUCCGAGGAAAGGACUUCGUUUCCUUUUUCAAAAAUCAUUUAGAGCUUAAGGAACUACUGGGAGCAGAGUACUCAUCUUUGGAAGCUGAAGAUAUUGGAAAUCUUCUCAUAAGACGGAAUCUUAUUGUGCGAUGUGAUCGAGUGGUGAAGACAGUUCGACCAGGAAAGAAGAAACUAUCAACUUGGCCAGCUCAUUUGGAGCUUUUCCUGGAACAAGAAUUCUCCGAAAAUGACAGCUUCUUUGCUUGGACAUUCGAAAAGCGAAGACCACUUUGGCAGACCAUUCUUUCAUUCCUUGUGCCUGUUAUAACUGUAGCCUGCUGUUUGUUCCCAAUAUUUCCACAUUGGUGCAAACUUCUGGUUCUCUAUUCUUGUCUUGGAUUCCUCUCCCUUAUCUUCAGCACUCUCUUCUUACGUUGGGUCAUUUUUGGCAUCCUUUGGGUUCUUCUAGGAAAACGAUUUUGGUUUUUUCCCAACAUUCUUGCUGAGGAAGCAACAUUUUCAGAAUUAUUCCGAUUUUGGCCGCAGCCAAGUAAAGAUGAGGAGGCAGCACCAAAAUGGACUGCAAGGCUUGCCUUCGCUUGCAUCAUAUUUCUGAUCCUGUGGGUCUCUAUACGACAUGCACCUGAUGAGGCUGCACGUGCCAGGUACCAAAAACAGGUUUCCAAUAUCAUUGAUGAUGUGCUUGAAUGGUCUCCAAGACUUGCUUUGUCAGAAAAGACACAAGAGAAACCACCCGUUGUCACUAAUACGGUGCAGGAAAAUGACACUGUUGCUGAUGAUAAUAUAUCUGAAACCAAUAGAGAACCGGAUGCUUCUCAAGAAAAGAAAGUCACCAAAGACCUUGAGAGUCAAGACCAAGAGAUUGACCUUGAAGAUUUUGUUUCACAUGACACAUUUGGCAAAUCUAAUGUGGAAGAAGAGAUGAUGGAAACAAAAUAAGCUUGCUCUAUUAAGUUUGUUUUGUUUUCAUCUCAUUGUUUUGCAAUUCUGCUUGAGGUGAGCACCUGCAAUAGAAAGAAAGUGAUCUGUUUUCAGCUCUACUCAAGAGCAGAGCUCCAGGCAGGCCAGAAAUCAUUCACUAAAAAAUAUUGGUAAUCAUGUAAGAAGACCCGAAGCUCUUAAUCAAUAGCUUAUUUUAAAUGAAUUAUACAAGGUCAAAUAUCUGAUAAAUGAUUUCUUUUCAUCUAUACCAUCGCAAUCUGUUAGAUUAUUUACUAAGGCAACUAUUAUGAUAUGUUUACACUUUCCUUCAACUGUAUCAUUUUCAAUUUCAUUAAUCCAAAUUUAUUCAGUACGUGAUCAAUGUUUAAGACUGCAUUGUUGAUUAUGGAUGCUGAGUUAGACCUGUGAGGGGUCAAUGUAUUUGAAACCAUGCUUUCGACAAAUACCAAAGGAGCUAAAAUUCUCCUGGAUUUAUGGA